AAUGAUUAGCGCACUUCCGGAAGGUGGUGAUCCCCAGUAUAACUAUGCCUAUGCAAGUUGUCAUUAUCUCUUUGACGGUGUACUGACAUUUUUGAAGAUCUACUUUUCCGAAAUCUACUCGGCUGAGAGGAGAAUAUCUAUAAAUCUUGUAAAUGAGUUAACCCAAGGACUAUUGAAGUUUACCGAUGCGAUAUACGAUUGUUUGUCAAAUAAGAAUCAUAGAGAUGUUUUAUUGAGUUGUUUGGCAACAGUUUUUGAAAAAUCUCAAGCACCUAAUGAACAACUGGCCGCUUUUAUGGACAAAAGAAUGGUAGAUGAAGUGCAAAUGGCAUCAAACGACUCUAGAGAGCUUUAUAGAAGACAUUACAGAGAUGAACAAGAGACGAACAAGUUGUUAAACGCUUUUGCUCUAAAUUGUAAAAAGUUAACGGAAGGAAAGAACACUGUUGAAAACCAACUAGACUAUCCAUCCAAUAGAGAAUACACUACCGUGGCCGGAGAUGAAGAAUUGCCUCUUGGCGAAGAAUUUCAGUUGUUAAUUCAUUGUUUCAUUGAUAACUCUACCAGUGAUUGGUCAUUGAAAUUUUCAAGAACUUCAAAGCUCAUCGAUCAUUUAUUUAUUUCUGCGAAUAAAAUGAAAGCUUCGGAAAGGUCUCAACCCGAAAUCGAAAGAUUAGAUUUAAGGGCCCUACAAAUCUUAAGAGGAAUUAUUCAUAAUGAAGAGAGAAAAUUACCAGAGAAUUGGAAAGAUAAUCCAUUAAAGCAUAAAGAUCAAUUGGAUAUUAUUUUCAAAACUCAAUAUGAAUUGAAUAAAUUAGGUGCUUUAACAAAGACUCUCAAACAUUUGGAAAGAUCAAAUGAAGAUCUUAGCAGAGAAUACUUGUGCUUUUUAUCUGUCUUAUUGUUUAGCGGUUCACCAUCUACUCAAGCAGCUUUUGAAGAUAAUUUCUUGAAUACGAGAGAAGAGAUUUUCUUUUUUUGUAUUAAAGAUAAAAUUCAAAAGUCUAUGAUAACAAUUAGGGAAAGACGUCUAUUGGCUGCCCAAUGUGAAGAGAAACUCAGGGAACAAAAGAAAACAGCAACAACAUUGAAGAUGGGUACCCAAAAACUGAAAGAAUUACCAGGGUUAAGGGAGAGCAAUGAUACUACAAACGAAGGAAGUAAUCAUUUCGAAAUGAUACGCUUCUCUUCGAUAAAAAAACGAUUGAGUAAAGUUGGUCCAGCUCCUAUAGAGGAACCGGAAGUCUAUCAAUCUACUCUAGAUAUAUUUGAAAUCUCUGACGAAGAUUAUCAAAAGAAUAGAUGGAAACCAACGAAUGAUACAGAUAGCCUUGACGCUGAACAGGCUGACCACGAACUUAUAAGUGAGGUUACAAAUAUUGAAAUUAAAGACGAUGGACACAUUGAAUUGGUGCUAAGGGUGCUAGCUUGGAUGUGCGAUGGACAGAAUAGAGUUUUACAAAAUUACUUAAGAGAACAAGAAGAUAACAUUAAAUCAGCUAAUCUUAUUGCUCAAACUACAAGUUUUUUAAAUAUGCUUUAUUCGGCUAUUGAUGAAAAUAAUAUCGACCUAAUUAUUCAGUGUUUCUCAACCCUAAAUGAAUUCUCAUCGGGUAACGAACAUAACCAUCACGUAAUAUAUUCGAAUAAUAUAGUUGAUUUUGUAAAUCAUAUAUUACGUUCUGGUAAAUAUAAAGAAUUUGGCCAUAAGAGAACGAUUGCUAUAAGAACUAUUAUUGGAGAGUUAAUCAUGUCUAUGAUUGAAGAGAAUCAUGAAACGACAAAGGAGUUAGUUAAGGAAAUUGCUGAAACUCUGGAUAAAGAGAUACUGGAAGUAGUCGCCGUUUGUUCAUAUAGAGCAUCUAAAGGUAUUCUGGACGAAGAGGUUGGUAAGGUUAAAGUGAAAAAGAAGAAAAUGACUCAGGAUGAAAAGGAGGAACAUUUGGAAGUCGGAUUUAAAUAUUACUUUAUCGUUCAAAGAAUUGAAGAAAUCCUUAGAAUUAAAGCAAUUCAAAGGGAAAUUCAAAUUCCUUAUAAGAAAGAUGCUUGGCAAGUUUAUUCAAAAGAAUCGGAAAGUAUUGAGAUACUUAAAGAUGAUAAUUUACAGAAAGCGAGAUUUCGAGUUAAAGACAGGAAUGUCCUUAGGGAAGAGGUGCAAGAGAAAUUGAAAUGGAACAUCAAUAGAGAUACACAAUCGAACAAAAUCAGGGAGUUAAUGGAUUGGUCAAAGGAUAUAAUAAACGAUAUCUAUUAUCAACGAAAGAUGCAAUCUUUUUCUUUUGCAUCCUUUUUGAUAAAUAACUGGUUCGUUUGGAAUAAAUUAUGUGUACUGGUUUCAUUGAUAAUUAACGUUAUUAUGCUGAGUACUUGGAAAGCAGCAGGUUUCCUUGGAAAUAGCUAUGACGAAACAGAUCCAACUUUACCUCUACCAAUUGGUAUAUCAGAUCCUGUUCCUGUACGUGACAAAUGGGUUGAAAUAGUUAUAUACGCUUUAGGAGGAGUGCACAAUCUAUUAUCUUUACUCGUCUUUGUCUCCUUCUUUCUAUCCAACCAAAUACGUUUACCAACUGUAGCCGGAUUAAAGUACCAAAUUGGGUUACAUAACAGAAAAGAGAAACCACCCCAUCAAUCUCUGUUAGAAGUCGAUAUAUUCAGCUUUAAACUAGUAUAUUAUACAGCAUUUUUGGCAUUUUCAAUAUGCGGAACUGUAUUCUACGGUUAUUUUUUCGCCUUUCAUCUAGUUAAUAUAGUACUAUGGAAUCCAUUGCUACAGAGAGUUAUUGAAGCAGUUACUAGAAAUGGUCGAUCCCUGCUAUUGGUUGCCUUGUUGGGUAUAUUUAUUAUGUAUAUGUUUGCAUUGGUUGCCUUUGCAUUCUUAAGAUCGCAAAUGAGUCCAAAUAGCGACAUAAAUCUUUUCUGCCGAAAUUUAGCUCAAUGUACACUGUCGAUAAUUAGAUUUGGUUUUAUUGGUGAAUUAACUGAACAUCUCAGACCAAGACAUGCCGAUGAAAUUAACAUACAAACUGCCGGUCCAACAUUCGCUUAUCAUAUUAUCUUUCACAUUAUCAUAACAACCAUAGGGCUAAAUAUAAUAUUUGGUAUAAUACUCGACACAUUUUCUGAACUAAGGGAUUUAAAGUGGAAAGCGGAACAAGACAUGAGAACAUUUUGCUUUAUUUGCGGUAGACAGAGUUACGAGUUUGCUAACUCUUCUACAACUUUUGAACAUCACGUUAAAGAGGAGCAUAACCUGUGGGCCUAUAUAUUCUAUUUUAUACAUCUUAGAGAAACGGACGAAAACGAUCUAACAAACACGGAAUUAUAUGUUUAUAAUCAGAUAUCGGGAGGUAAUUUUGAUUUUUUCCCCAUUAAUCGAGCAAUGGCUCUAACUAAAGUAGACAUUGACGAAAGAGACGCUAAAUUAGACGAUAUAUACGAUAUUGUGAAUCAUCUUUUGGACGAGAGAAGGACAGAAAUGUCCGAAAAGCAAAAGAAGAGCGUUAGAAUGGAACAGAAACGAUGGGAAGAUGAGCACAAGCAGAGAAUUGUAGGGGAAGAUCGCGAACAGAAGAGUAAAAAAGUAGAAAUGGACGGUGUUACAGUUGAGGUGAAGAGACCUAGAAGUGAAAGGCCUUAA